CCCAAGAUGCAGGCAGACUCCCUUCUUCACAGUGGCUACUUCCACCCGGUGCUACGCUCCUGGCAGUGUACAGCAACCACCUUCGAUGCCUCCAACCUCAUCUACCCCAUUUUUGUCACUGACAGCCCUGAUGCGGUGGAGCCGAUCCCCAGCCUCCCUGGACAAGCCAGGUAUGGAGUCAACAAGCUGGAGGGGAUGCUGCGUCCCCUCGUCGAGGACGGUCUGAAGUGCGUGCUCAUCUUCGGGGUGCCCAGCAAGGUCCACAAGGAUGAGACAGGCUCCGCCGCUGAUGCCGAGGACACACCUGCCAUCCAGGCUAUCAAGAAGAUCCGCUCCACCUUCCCAGAGCUGCUCAUUGCCUGCGAUGUCUGCUUGUGCCCCUACACCUCCCACGGGCAUUGCGGCAUCCUGCGCGAAGAUGGCACCAUCCAGAACGAGACCAGCUGCCUGCGGCUGGCAGAAGUGGCGCUGGCCUAUGCCAGAGCGGGCUGCCACAUCGUUGCCCCCUCAGAUAUGAUGGAUGGGCGCAUCGCGGCCGUGAAGAAGGCGCUGAUCUCCAAUGACUUGGGCAACAAGGUCUCAGUGAUGAGCUACAGCGCCAAGUUUGCUUCAUGCUUCUACGGUCCCUUCAGGGACGCUGCGCUAUCCAAACCCGCCUUCGGAGACAGGAAAUGCUACCAGCUGCCCCUGGGUGCCAGGGGCCUGGCGAUGCGCGCCGUGGACCGGGACGUGCGGGAGGGAGCGGACAUGCUGAUGGUGAAGCCGGGGAUGCCCUACCUGGACAUUGUCAGGGACGUCAAGGCCCGA